AUGUUGGAGCAACAUACUAUGCUUAAAGCUAAUUUUAUGAAACUACUGGGGCAUAUUUCUAUAUAAAACAUCAAGGGAUUUUCACUGAGUCUGAAUAUACAUAUAUUUGCAAACCAGAUUGCUGGUGUAAAUAAACAGGAUUCGAACGAUGGACUAUUUUUGCACAAGUAGAAUGACAAUUUAGAUUGGAUUUUCUUAUAAUCAUUAGGUGAAGAUCCUUUAUAAUUAAAAGUUGAUGGACUAGUAAUCUAUAGUUCCCGGAGUAUUCUCUUUUUGUAUUUCUAGUUAGAAAAAUGUAAAUUAUUUUUCAUUAGUUAUUGGUUUUGAUUAGUUUCAGAAUUGGAGAGUUCAAGCAUCUUUUGAAAUAUCUUGGGAAGAAUUUUGACCUAUUAGAUUAGCACCAGGAGAUACUUGUGGUCUAAGAAAUAAAGCAUUUUUGUGAUUUUUGA